ACUUGUGCACCACUUUGAGUAGCCAUUGACACCAUAUUUUAGUACCCACCAUGGCUAGAAUGCUUCCCCUUUCAAUCCCAAAACUCUUCAUUUUCUCUCUUCUGUCUUCCUUUUCCAUAAUUCUGGCCACCGGAGAAGAUCACGGUUAUGUUAGAACCCUAGACAGGAAGCUCAUUGGGCUCAAAAAAGAGAAAUAUAGCCAUAUUCAUUUCUAUUGGCAUGACACUGUUAGUGGCCGUAACGCUACUGCAAUUCAAAUAGUGCCACCGGCCUCCAACUUCAACGCAACAUUCUUUGGUGCAACAUACAUGAUCGAUGAUCAAAUGACUGCAGGACCUGAAUUGAGCUCAAAAUUGAUAGGAAGGGCUCAAGGGUUUUAUUCAUUGUCGUCACAAGAAGAAGUUAUUCUAUUAAUGGCUAUGAACUUUGCAUUCAUUGAAGGCAAGUAUAAUGGUAGCACGAUUACUGUGCUAGGGAGGAAUUCGGUUUUCACAAAGGUGAGAGAGAUGCCUGUGAUUGGAGGCAGCGGGCUUUUCAGAUUUGCUAGGGGUUAUGUUCAAGCCAAGACUUACACGUUCAAUUCCACAACAAUGGAUGCCAUAGUUGAGUAUAAUGUCUAUGUGUUGCAUUAUUAAUUCUCAUUAACUCUUUGUGCUCUCUGCCUUUUUUAGUUUUUACUUGCUAUUGUGGCAAGAAUAAUAGCUAUCACUUACUCAAAUAAAGAAAAGGUAAAAAGAAGAUGAAGAUAUGAAUAAUAUAGAGCUUGGGUUCGCUUA